UUUUGAUAUUGUAAACACGUCUUCAAAUUGUGUACGGCGGUAUAAUGAAACCAGUUUUAUAUUACGAUCAACGCAGUCCUCCAGUGCGCAGUGUUUUAAUGUUAUUAAAAGUUCUUAAUAUUGAAGUGGAUUUAAAAUUUAUCGAUUUAUUUAAGGGUGAACAAUUGAAGCCGACUUUUAAAGAGCUAAAUCCUGCCCAUACUGUGCCCACUCUUGUCGAUGAUGAUUUAGUUUUGACUGACUCUCAUGUAAUUCUAAUGCAUUUAUGCGAAAAAUAUCAAAAGAGCGAUUUGAAUUUAUGGCCUCGUCAGUAUAAGGAAAGGAUGCAAGUAACUAAUAUGCUUUUAUUUGAGGCAUCUUUGAUAUUUCGUCGUGAUAGUGAAAUGAUGUCUGAAAUUGUUCGCAAAACAUAUGCCAAUGUCGACAUACCAUAUCACCAACGUAAAAUGCACGAAAUCUAUGAUAUGUGUGAAGUACAUUUGAAAAAACAUAAAUAUUUGGCUACCGAUUAUCUGACUAUUGCUGAUAUUUCCAUAGUCUCCACUGUUGCAGCUCUAAAUCUUGUAUUUCCCAUUGACUAUGAAAAGUUUUCCAAUUUAUAUGAUUGGUUACAACGUUUAAAGAAGAUGGAAUUUUAUCAAUACAAUGAAGAAGGCAUACAAAAACUUAGAUAUCUAUUGGAAAAGGUUGGAAAAUUUCCAUUUCCUUCGCCAUUUAGAAAUAAGCAAACAAGUUCAGAAAGUGAUUCUGAUACAUCGGAUUUGGAAGAGAAUAAGAAAUCAGAUGAAGAGAAUAAAAUUGAAAAUGAUAUAAUAAUAAAUGAUAAAGAGCUAGAGGUUCAUAACAGGCGAGUAUCUGAUUCCAGAAAUGUUAACCAGAGUUAUAAGGCCGAUAAAAGUACUAGCACUGAAAGCUUAGCAGAGUUAUUUGCGGAAAAUGAGAGUGUCGAUUUUGAUCCAGAAAAAUUAAAUUUUAAAAAUUAUAUCGGUCCACAAAAGGAGAAUGAAAAUAAUAACCAUGCCAAUAAUUAUACAAUUUGUUGGGAUAAUGUUUAUAGAUCAUGUGAAUUUGAAGAAAAUAUCCAUUGUGGUUGUUGUUUACAAACUCCCAUAAAUGCUAAAGAUCUCAAGUCUGUUAAGGGCUAUCCGCUUAUAGAUAUGGAAUCAUGUAUAUGCCUUAAAUAUAAUACGGAUAAUUAAGACUGUCGACCAUCUUGCUCAAGUAAAAAGAAAACAUCUAAGAAAUCCCUUACAAAUAAGAACCUUCAACAUUUAUUAAGAAAAGUUCGUAAUCUACAACAAAUAUUAGAAAACUCAAAAUUAGAAAUAACUGAGCCAGAUCUGUCUAAAUUUAACCAUAAGUCAAACAGAAAGCAAUUACUGUACCCUGAUAUUUCAUUUGAUUCUUCGGACGAUUUAACAACAGAAGAAAAGGAUUUCUUAAACGCUACUAGUUCUCCAAACAGGGGGUAUAAACAUAAUCGAAAAAUGCAUAAUAUGGUGGAAAAUAAUGAACGUAUUAAGUUUGCUGAACAAGAUAUUGAAAAUUUACUUACAAUAGUUCACAGUCUUGAGAAAAUUUUAGAAAAUUCUGAAUUAGAAAGAACUGAUAAAACAACGAGAAAUAAAAGUAGCCAAACGAAUGUAAGGGACUCAAAAGAUUCGGAUGAUUUUGCGAUUGAAUCAAUUAGAGAAAAGGGAGGAAAUUUGGAACUCGAUUGUGCACUGACAGAGACAAAUGGACAUUCAAAUUUGCAGAAGUUCGACAUUAAGAGGAAGAGAAAUUCUUUAUCGGUCACAAAUGCUUCAGAUGAUUCUUCUGUUAAGUCCCUAAUAGAAGCAAAAGUGAUAAAUACCAAAGGCGGCUGUCGUCAUUGUAAUAAUUGUUUAUUUAAACACAAACGUCUCGAAGCUGGCAGUAAUCCAAAACCACAAAAUACCCCAUUCCAUGAAUAUGAUUUUCCCAAGAUGUCUGAUCAAUAUAAACUAGGGAGUGAGGGAUCUAGUGAUAAAAUUAUUCAAGUAAUUUAUCACAUAAAUAUGAAAAGUGAUUCAAAAAUUAAAAAUAAAUAUCACUGUGAUAUUUGUCUUAAAAAGGAAAAUAUAAAGGGGAACAAAUCGAAAAUACCGAAAUUAAUAUGGAAUUGGAAACAUGUAAAAUUACAUCGAAAGUAUAAUGAGAAAUUAGAUGUGAUUUAACAAACUAGUUAAUGUACUUGUACUAAAUAAUAAAUUAAAUUUACAUAUUAAAAUUAAU